GUAGCGUGAAAUAAUCAUCCUGUCCGUGUAGCGCUAUGUCCGGGGUGGAGUCCAGCCCACCGGACGAAGAAGAAACACCAGAUGAGAUGGAAUCAGAGACUAUGGACGCAUUCACCCUGGAUGGGGACUCUGCGGACCCCAACUAUUCUUCACUUGUCGACACCAUUACCACCAGAAUCAGCUCAGCCAGUUCGGUGUGCAAGAGAUCAGUACAGUUGAUAUCUCUCCUUCUUGUUGUGAUGAUCGCUGUUAUCGUCUCCUACAGUCCUCCGAUACGUCCUGUUACUUUCAGAAUGCCACCAGCCCCGAAGCUCACUGGACCACUAACAGAAAAUAACAGACUCAGAUCCACUCAACAGAUCCUAAAAAGUAGGAUUGUUGGGCCUGAAUCCAUAGCUAUAGGGUCAGAUGGAACCCUGUACACAGGACUAGCUAACGGUAAGAUAGUGUCAGUACGGGGUAAAGUGAUAACAGAGAUAGGCUACACUGGUCACGUGCAUUGCUCCAGUGAGGAGACUUGUGGGAGACCCCUCGGGGUCAGGAUCCACAAUGAGUCUCUCUAUGUCAUCAACGCUUACAAAGGAAUACUGAAGGUGUCCCUGAACGGUGAUUCGCAACAAAUGUUAGUGAAUAUGAAGGACGAAUCUAUACGUCUGAACAACAGACAAACCCGCUUUCUAAACGAUCUUGACAUAUCAUCGGCCGGUGUUAUCUACUUCACGGACUCGUCAUCACGACACUCUCGAGAGUACAACAUCUACGAGUUCCUGGAAGCUGGUCCCCACGGUACUCUCUUCAGUUACAACAUGUUGACUCACGAGAUUAAAGUACUGAUAUCAGGUCUACAUUUCCCUAACGGGGUCCAGUUAGCACCAGAUGAGAGCUAUGUUCUGGUAGCAGAAUGUACCCGGGCUCGGAUUGUCAGGUACUGGUUAAGGGGUGAGUUGACAGGAACAUGGGACUAUUUCGCUGUCAACCUACCCGGUUAUCCUGAUAAUAUCAGGCGGAGAGAAAGUGGAGGGUAUUGGUUAGGUAUGGCAGCUAUUAGACGACACCCUUUCUCCCUAGUUGACUCCCUAGCUCCCUACCCUCAAGUCAGAGCUACGCUCACUAAAAUCCUUCCUUAUUUUCUCCUCCGAUCUCUGGCCUCUCAGUACGGUAUGGUUGUAGUAUUGGACGAGUUUGGGAACAUAAUGGACUCUCUCCAAGACCCUGGAGGUCUUGUCAUACCGUCCAGUUCAGAGAUUGCCGAACAUGACGGCGUUCUUUACAUCGGGUCUUAUUAUUCUAGUUUCAUCGGAAAACUCCGGCUCAAAGACGAGUUUUGACUCUUUAGAGCAAACUGCCAUUAACUCACAGACAGAUGAAGUCAUUCGUAGCGGCGAACUACUUAUAAUUCAUAUUCGUGUCAUUACAUGUUGGUAUAAUUGUUGUUGACAAUGAACCUAUAAUAUAUAUAAUGGGUUCCAGAACCGAUAAGAGGUAUUUUUAAGAAGAACCAGGUAAGACUCCUGACAAAGAUUACCCCCCACCACCUGGCAGGAUACGGGCCCGGUACUCUCGUAAAUGCGGCGCUGCUUUAACGGCGACAUGAUUGCUAAUUAGCGGCGAUUAGCGCCAAUUAGCGCUAUUAUUAGUUCUGAUAUCCUCGUAAUAUGGAAACGAGCUUGCGUUUAUCCUCCACGGAUGUUGUUAAUCAUUUACGAGCGAAUCUUGAUUUGUCCGGCUGUAGGACUAGUGGUGGGUUGUUUCUCUUCAAUAGCUUUGCUGGCAGUUUUACUGAUCAGAAGUUUGAAUAAUGUAUUGUGAUUGAUGUUAUAUUUAUUUUUAUUUGUAAUUUAUAUUAAUUUUAUUAGUAAAAUGUUGAUCAGAAAGAUUUUU